AUGCCGGUCAGGGUGUGUCAGGAUGACUCGGAUUACCAAGCCGCAAUAGCGGAAGCUGGAGCGAAGCCUGUCGUAGUGGAUUUCUCAGCAGAAUGGUGUGGACCGUGCAAAAUGAUCGCUCCGGUUUUCGAAAACCUCUCCAACAAAUACAUGACUAUGGUUUUUUUGAAAGUAGAUGUGGACAAGUGUGAAGAAACAGCUGCCCAAAACGGCGUCUCAGCUAUGCCAACCUUCAUCGUAUUUUUGAAUGGGACUAAAGUGGAUUCACUUCGAGGUGCCAAUACCUCCGGGUUGGAGGCAAUGGUUCAGAAGUGGGCUGACACACAACCGGCAGGAGAUGUUCCCGGCCAAUCCGAUAUUACGAGCCUGAUCGAUAAAAAACAAAUGGAGUGCCUUAAUGGGGAUGACAGGACUCCGUUGGCUGGUUUCCUCGAAGGUGAAAACGUGCUUAGAUCGGACUGUGAUGAACAAUUGAUCAUAUCUCUUCCAUUUACUCAACCUGUUAAAGUUCAUUCCAUCAUGAUGAAGGGUACUAAUGGAAAAACACCAAAGAAAGUUCGUAUCUUCUCAAAUCUUCCCAAAACCCUUGAUUUCGAUGGUGCGAGUUCGGUUGAAGCUGUUCAAGUGUUGGAGUUCAGUGAAAAGGCUCAAAGUGAACCUGAACUGCUGUUGUUGAAGUACGUGAAGUUCCAGAAUGUCAACAACAUACAGCUGUUUAUUGAAAACAAUCUCGGCGGUGGUGAUGUUCGUCAUCGUAUCUGUGAUGUUACUGAAAUUGAACAGUUGAAGAUAUAUGGUACGCCACUAAGCGGAGUGAACAUGAACGAAUUCAAGCGGGUAAAGCAAUUUCGGUCUUUUCUUGCUUGA